AGUCAGGCCCCGCCUCAGAGCACCCCAAGCCUGACACCAUGAAGAUCCCAAUUCUUCCCGCUGUGGCUCUCCUCUCUCUUCUGGCAUUACAUGCGGCCCAGGGAGCUGCCCUGGGGGGCGCUGAGGAAGAUACGACCGUCAGUAAUUAUGCUGCGGGAUCAGAGGGCUUUAACAACCAGUUCCUGAACCUUGACAAGUUGCAGUCUGCCUUUAAGUCUGAUAACUUCCUGAACUGGCAUGCUAUCGCUGAUAUGUUCAAAAACGCGUUACCUUUCAUUAACUGGGAAUACUUCCCUAAGAUAAAAGGACUAAGAAGUGCAGCUCCCGAUUCCCAGUGAUCACUCUCUUUAAGACCUAGGACCUAGGCUGAACCCACGAAGAGGAGCUAGCGUGGAAUCCCACAUCAAUUCUACGGCAAAUCUCCCCUGGCUCAGUACCUCCAAUAAAGUGUUUUCCACCAAUCAA